CAUGGGCCAUGCGUUUUGGUACCCGACGGUGCGUGUGAUCCGUUCUUGAUUUUCGUGUCCCUAUCGUGUUCCGCUUUUCACGCGCUUGUCUUUACUGGUUUUGUUGAGCAGGAUGAAAAAACAACCCGGCCGGAAGGCCGGCAAGUUGUUCGAUAAAACCGUGUUUGGGUUUUUCGAAAACUUCAGCAACCCCGACGAAGAGGUGCGGAUUCGUGGUGCGAGCGCGCUUAUUGAAUUCCUGCGCGCAGACGGAAAUGCCAAUAAACAGACCGGCAAUGAGCCGGCAGACGCAACGCACGAAGCCAUCAUUACAAAACCGGCCGAAACUGCGUACGCAUUGAAGCGCUUGGUGCGUGGCGUUGGAUCACCGACGAACGUUUCCAAGGUGGGCUAUUAUACAGCCCUCGUAGGACUACUGCAACAGCUUAAAGGCGCAGAGGAUUGUCCGACUGUGACAGAACUGUUUAAACUUGUUAAAUCGGAACUGGCCGACAGCGAUCACGAUCCCUCUGAAUCCGCUGAUACGAAGGAGAGGCAUCGAUUUGAGGUACGCGUUGGCAAAGUGCUCGUUUGUGGGGCAAUCAUCAAGGCGGGUUUAAUCGAAAAUGCCACCGAUCCGGAACUACAAACCGUCUUAAUCACCCUGAAGACUUCGAUGUACAAGACGUUGACGAAACUCGUUUGGACCUUCCUUAAUGAGUUGGCCGCCUGCAUUAGUGGGUCCAAGUUUAGUCAAAUCUUCUGGCCUCUCUUCGAGUCGCUGUUGAACGUGCCCAAGGAACAGCACACGAUGGAUACGGUUUACUUUCUGCUGCUUCUUCUCGAUGGACCGCACGGUGCAAUGGUGAACAACGAAUACUUUUUACGAAACUUUGGUGCUUCUUCGUUGCUCCACGAAAAGGCCUUCCCAUACUUGGGCGAAAUACUAUUUGGAAUCGAUUCUACGAUGGGAAUCAAUCAUCCUUUCAUCAAUUGCCUGUUGGAAAAGUUGCUGAAGGUGGGAAAAGUGGUCGCCUUCUGGCAACAGGGCGUCAUACCGAUCCUCGCGUUGCCCGAUGAUCGUCGUCCCAAGUACCGGGACAUCAUGUUCCCGCAUUUGAUCCUUACCUGGUUCGAAAGACUUCAGGAUUAUUCAGUUAUACCGAAGCUACUGCAACCGGCACUGGUUACGCUUCUCAGCGAGAAGCUGGAAAAUCUAUCAAAGUUUAGUGAAGACGUGAGGAGACUGUAUCAGGAGGCUUGCAAGGCGAUCAUUGAAACUUACCCCAAACUGGGAGAGGAAAGUAUCGGUUUGGCCACUUACCACUGUUUGACACAAGGCUCCGGUGGUCUCCUGAUCGAGAAGUAUGCUUCCUGUAAGCUUUUACAGAACCUGUUGGCUACGUUUUCGAAAAACACUUUGAAAACAGUGGCCGAAGAAUUGAAGGCGAUUAUUCUGGAUUCCUCUACGGAUAAUUAUGCACAACGAUCAUAUGCCGCUCAUAUGCUGCAACGUCUACUUUCCCUGAGGCAACUGCUUCCUGAACCCGGGACUAAGGAAACCGACGAUUGGCAUCUAGGGAUGGUUCGCUUUUUCCUCAUCCUUGGAGUUUUCUACUCUGCCGAUGGCAAGACGGUGUUGAAGCCGGCCAAACAGGAAUCAGCAGUCAAAGUUGAACUAGCUACAACAGCGAAAGCAGUGUUUUUUCAUCUCCUCGAACACCGUCAUACGAACAUGUCCGAGGAACGCGAUUUCCUACUGUCAUUGGUGCGGUGCGUACACGAGGCAUUCAAAUCACCCGAUGGGCUGAAAGGACUACGGAAUCCUUUGACGGAAGAGCACAUUGAUGAUUGGAAUCGCAUGUACACAUCGGUAACCGAAAAAACAGAUGCUAAGAAGCGUGGAACAGUGCACGCUGAUGAAGAGCACAAACAGAGAACCGUGUUCCACGUACUGAUGAUGCACAUGGGUUUGCAUCUGUUCAAUGAUGCCGAGCUAGCGCACAGCUCGAUCACUGAACUGGAAUCUGUUAUGAAGCGCAUCGAUGGCAAGGCGAAACAGCGGCGCAAAAGCAUCACCAAGGGCGAUCCUGAGGAGCCGGAAUGGAUAGAAGUGGUUGUUGAUCUGUUCCUGAACCUUCUGUCGCAGAACUCACUUUUGCUACGCAAAGUAAUAAGUAACGUGUUUCCGCAUCUCUCCGGAGCAAUGACGUUGACCGCGUUCAACCAGAUCCUGUCGGUCAUCAAUUUGAAGGAUAAAACGAAUCCACUAGCGGCGCAAGGCGACGAUGAGAAUGGUCAGGCAGAGCAGUCCGAUGAUGAUGAUGAGAUGGGUGAAAAUGACGAUGGUGUCUCCGAAUAUAACGAAUCCAGUGAUGGCGAAGAAGCUGAAACUAGUGCCAAUCAUGCAGCAACCGAGGAAGAUGCAGAGGAAGAGGAAGAUGACGACGAUGAGAUCAUGGGAGACGAAGAGGAAGAGGAAACCAUUACUGAUAAGAUGCGCCAGGCGGUGCAAGCGGCACUCGGGAGUGCCAAUCCCGAUUCGGACGCGGAAUCGCUUGAUCUGGAUGAUAUUGAUGAAGAGCAGGGUCGUCGAAUGGAUAUGGCGCUGGCGGAGGCCUUCCGUUCCUUCCGCAAGAACCGGAAACCAGGGGGAAAACAAAAGCCUACUAAAGCCGAGCAGCAGAUGGAUACAGUGCUAAUGCACUUUCGGAUGCGUGUGUUCGAUUUGAUCGAUGUAUAUCUGAAGCAUGAACCUGACAUGAUCAUCUGUCUUGAGCUGAUGCUGUACGUCUUCGAAAUGCUGCCGAUUGCGGUCCGCGAGGAAGCAAAAUAUGGUCCGCUGUUGAGUCGUUAUCGGCAAAUAUUCAGCAUGCUCACACGUAUCAAGCACUUUCGGCGUAGCGCUGCAGCAUCCGAUGUAGAUGCUGCCCAGUUGAACCAGAUACUCCGGGACCUAAUCGACAAGGUGGCGAAGGGUGCCCCUUUUCCAGAAAGGAGCCAAUACCUGCUCAAAGCAACCCAAUUCAUCGUUAUCUGUAGCCAGCUGCUGGAGAAGCAAAACGAACAUGCAACCUCAGAAAGUAACACGCACGGUGAAGGCAUGAAUGGUGCUGGAGACACCGAUGUUUUGCAGGUGGAUAAGCUGUUUGGCAAGCAGCUUACUGAAUAUCUCACCAGUCGCAAUCCAGCGAUUUCAUUCAACGUGUUCCAGAAUCUGUUCCGGAUGACUUGGAGUGGGAACUGGUACCUAGGGAUAACACUAACAAGUAAUGGACUACAAGUGGCCACUAUUCGUGCGCAACGUCGCACACAGGCACUGCAGUUGCUACGAGAAUUGUUGAAGAACCGUCGAUUCAUUAACUCUGAUCUACCGAAAGCUGCAUCUUCCCUACGUACGAUCUGUGUUGCGUUGACCAAGUAUAUGGCUGAUCUGGAGGAAGCAGUGAGCGAGAGUAAAAACGGAGAACGAACCAUCGGUCAGAAUGAACUUUAUGAGUUGCUACAAGUGCUAUUGGAAAUGCACAAUCUGCUUAACAACCUGCAACAUCAGCAGAAUCACAACGAAAGCAAAAAGCAACCAAUGCUCCGGUGGGACCGAAUCGGUGCACAGGUACAAGCGUUGCGUCGAUUUAAUCUAAACUCCCAAACAAUGUCCUGCUAUCGGACACUCUGCCACCGAUUGAAACUUACUCCAAUCUGCAAUGGAGACAUCAAUACGAAUGGCGCCCUUGAGAAACAAAGGAAGAAGGAGGAAAAAUCCAAGAAAUCCAAAGUGCACGAAGAUCAACAGCCAGUUACGACAGAAGAUAAUGAAAAUAGCAGCGCCCCAACAGUCAACGGUGAAGAAGAAUCGAUGGUAAAAUCCGGACAGGAAUUGAAGCGAAAGCGCAAGCAGCAGAACGUCGUAGAAUCCAAGAAGGAGAAACGACGGAAGAAGGAAGAACGGUUACUGAUCGCAUCGCAGGGCAUGGAAGCGAUUUCGUUUGCGAACGGUUCUUAGAUACGCGAUAAGCCGCGGGAUUUAGCACUAAAUAAGUGAUCAAGUUUAAGGUGGUAGAGUGGAUUUCACUCUACUAGAUUAUGUGCUGAUCAAAAAAAUGGAAAAUAUUACAAAA